CAGUCUCUUCUCAGUGACAAUACAUUGCUACGGAGUCAAGUAGAGACAGGAAUUAAAGGUACAACUAAGUCCAUUCUCAUCUACUGGAAGAAGAUGAAUAACUUCUCACUAUGUGAUGGCAAGGUGCAAACGCUCCGGAGACUCAAUCAUACUUCUCUUGUCCCGCUCUAUGCGUCGAGGACUUUAUGCAUCGAUACAUCCCACUUGAUCCUCUACUGUUCGCCAUUACCUUCUCUUCGCCAUUGUGUCGGUCUUCGACUUUUGUUGUACCUUGGUUUUUCAUUGACGUAUAUCCUGAAUAUCAUCGGUCGUAUAUUGCUGGACAUGCAGAGUCUUGCACGUUACUUGAUAGUGCAGUAGAUGUUUCAUUCAAGGGUAAUUGCGGGUUAUACUAGUCCACCUUUGCGCCAUUCAGCCUUGGAAUGGUGCCCAAAUAUAUGUUUGAUGCUUUU